AUGCUGACAGCGACACCAGCUAGUCACACACGGACCACUAACACCAUCGAGAUCGGCGAUCCAACAGGCUCGGAACAUGCGUCCAAGAGCAAGGCUGCAGAUGUGAUCUCGCUCACGGACCAGACGAAUCUUCUUCCCUUCAAAAAGGUGGUCGCGGUCUUCUGCAGUCUCUCUCUAUGCAUUCUCGUGUCCACUCUAGACUCGACCAUUGUUGCCACCGCUCUUCCCACUAUUUCGGAUGCGUUCAAUGCCGGUUCUGUCGUGUCUUGGGUACCUUCAGGGUACCUACUCACUUCGACUGCCUUCCAACCACUUUACGGCCGAUUCAGUGAUAUCUUCGGUCGGAAGGCCAGCCUAUGUCUCGCCAUGGCGCUCUUCAUGCUAGGGAGCAUCCUCGCCGGGUUCUCUCGCACCAUAGUCGAACUCAUCAUAUACCGCGGAAUCGCAGGCGCAGGCGGCGGCGCCAUUGUCAGCGUCGGUCAGAUCGUCAUCUCCGACGUGGUUAGCCUACGUGAUCGAGGUAAAUACCAGGGUAUCAUUGGUGUCGUGGUUGCCUUCGGCUUCGCGAUUGGCCCCCUCAUCGGCGGUGCUCUGGCCCAGAAGGUCAACUGGAGGUGGUGCUUUUGGGUCACGCCGCCUAUCUCGUUUGUCGCGAUGUGUGCCGUGCUCCUCCUACUUCCGCUCAAGUCUGUGGAAGGCAACCUACGGGGGAAGCUGAUGGUGGUCGAUUACCUCGGAGCAGCGCUGACUCUUGCGGGUUGCACGCUACUGCUCUUGCCUCUCAUCUGGGGUGGUGUCACGUUUCCGUGGACAUCCGCAGUGGUCCUCGCCCCCCUCUGCUCCAGCUUCUUGGUUGUCUCUCUAUUUUGUUUCUGGGAAUGGAAGGGCGCACGCCUGCCGAUCGUCCCGAUGUACAUCUUCAGACACAUAACCGUUACGGGAGUGUACAUCACGAUGUUCGUCAAUGGGAUGAUCUUCUACUCUGCGCUGUUCUAUCUCCCGCAGUUCUUCCAAGUCGCCCUUGGAUAUUCCCCCAUCCGCUCAGGCGUGUUCCUCUUCCCUGUCCUCGUCAGUCAGACGACUGCAAGUUUCGUUGCGGGUCAACUGGUUAGCAGGACAGGACGGUACAGGACUAUCAUCCACACCGGAUUCUCGGUGUGGGCUAUCGGUUGCGGGUGCCUCUCGACGAUCACAAGCAGCACACCGAAAGGUCUCUUGGUAUUCUUCAUGUUGUUGUCAGGUCUCGGAGCUGGUCAGACGCUACAAACGACGACUGUGGCGGCACAAGCGAGCGUGUCGCGCAAGGACAUGUCUGUGGUCACGGCUGUGCGAAACUUCGUGCGACUACUCGGUGGCACGUUGUCGCUCGCUCUCGGGGCUACGAUCAUCAACAACUCCCUCCGAUCCUCGAUGAAUGCCCUCGGCCUCUCCGCAACCGCCAUCAAGGCAAUCAUCGACGACCCGACCGUCCUCGGUGCCCGCCUCUCCUCUUCUGCCUCCAGCAAGCUCGCGUCGCUCGGCAUCUCUGACGGGAUGGCCAUCACGAUCCUCGACGGCUACACGCGCGGCUUCCGCACGCUCUUCAUCAUGAACGCGUGCUUGGCCGCGACGGCGACCCUCGCGAGCGUAUUCAUGAUCCGGCACAAGGAGCUUACACGAGGAGACGAGGAUCAGCUGAGGGCGGCGGCGGGUGCGGAUGAGAAGGUUGGUGAGAAAGCAGGAGGGGGGGUGGAGGUGCUGCAAGCGGGACGUGGGCAGGAUAUUGAGAUGGGUGUCCUACGUUCGGAUGAUAUGGACAGCAAAGUGCCUCAGGCUGUGGAUAGAUCAUAG